UGCUAUUUUCAAGAUGGCUGACAGGAGGUGGUUGUCAAGUCGUCGAAAAUCACUUAUAUUUCCUAUUUUUCUUCUAUAAAGAUGUGUUAAAAGACAAUUUCGGUGAUGUUCAAGUCUAUCUUUAGUAAGAAAAAUAGAAACGAUUCACUAGCAGCUAGAAAUGAAGCUGAAAACAAUGCUUAUGAAGGGUCGUCAAGUGACAGCUCUGCACAGCAACCACUGAACGAGGUGUUGAAUCAGUUGUAUGACACCUUAGACCCAAGUGACCCUAGAGGAUAUGCAGUUGCAGUGGCUGAAGUGGAAUAUCUUUGGGCCAGAUACCAACAGCUAAUUGUCAGAGGUCAAUUGGUMAAUGAUGAUAUCUUGUUGCAGGAACCCUUUAAAUCCAAACCAUUUCUCAGACAGGUGUGGAAUACCAUCCCCAGGGACUCUAAUGGCAACUUGACAUUUUCUGCUUUGUUUGGUGUACUGAAAUGGUGGGAAUCAGUUGACCAAGAGACAAAACUGAGAGGUAUCUUCAGAUUACUCAAUACUGGUCAACCUUUAGACAUAGCAGCAAUCAGGCAUAUCAUUAAGGCAAUGGACAGCAGCUUGAAUGAGGAUUCCAUAAACAGGAAGGCUGAUUUGCUGAUGACUUACUUGGAUAAUAGAAAUCAAG